ACCUUCCUUGCCUCGCUCCGGGGGGGACAUCGCCGGGACGGGGAUCUGCCCCCUGGUCUUGCGAUCCUGCCACGGGUCCCGUGGAUGCGGGACUGCCCCACUGCAGGCUCCCUGAGCAUGGCUGACGGCUGGUUGAACUUCCACUCAGAAGAGGAAAGAGGGCACGAGAGCAGCAUGGKCGACUCGAGCAACCUGGAUGACAGCCUCACGAGCCUCCAGUGGCUCCAGGAGUUCUCCAUCCUCAACACCAGCGUGGGCAAGUCGUCCUCGUCGCCCAGUGGCACCGACCCGCACGACUACCACAAGGUGCCUGGCUCGGUGGCACCAUGCUCCCCACUUGCUGCUGACCCYGCGUGCAUGGGGAUGCCUCACACGCCGGGCAAGCCCAUCUCCUCCUCGACCCCCAGGACCGCUCACCUCGGCAUGGGCAUGAACACGCAGCCCGUGGAAGACAUAGACUACAAGACCAACCCGCACGUGAAACCACCCUACUCAUACGCCACGCUCAUCUGCAUGGCAAUGGAAGCCAGCAAGAAGACGAAAAUCACCCUCUCUGCCAUCUACAAGUGGAUCACCGACAACUUCUGCUACUUUCGGCAUGCCGACCCCACCUGGCAGAACUCCAUCCGGCACAACCUGUCCUUGAACAAGUGCUUCAUCAAGGUGCCCCGAGAGAAGGAUGAGCCAGGGAAGGGUGGCUUCUGGAAGAUUGACCCCCAAUAUGCCGACCGGCUCAUGAAUGGCGCCUUCAAAAAACGGAGGAUGCCCCCAGUCCAAAUCCACCCGGCCUUUACCAAUAGAGUCCAGCAAGAAGCAAAGUCUGUCUCUGGCCCAGCAGUUUCCUCCUGGACCAGCAACAAUGUCCUGAACGUCAACAUGGAGUCGCAGCAGCUACUGAAAGAGUUUGAAGAAGUCACCAGCGAUCAGAACUGGAAUCCAGCAGAUGGGAAAGCAGGCCACAAGCGCAAGCAGCCAAUGCCCAAACGGACGGCCAAGUCAGCUCGGCUCUCCAGCUCGCCCUUGCUCACACAGGAAGAACAAACGGAGCUGGGAUCGCUCAAAGGGGAUUUUGACUGGGAAGCCAUCUUUGACACCACCCUGACUGGUGAUUUCUCCUCUUUCGAGGAUCUGGAGCUCACACCUCCCAUCAGCCCGAUAACUCGAGACGUGGACUUGACGGUGCACGGUCGGCACAUCGACUGUCCGCAGGAGUGGUGCCCUGUUGGGCACGACCAGGUCCUGACCGAAACCAACCAGAACAGCCUGGACUUUGAUGAAACUUUCAUGGCCACGUCUUACCUUCAGCAUCCCUGGGAUGAAGGGAGGAACGAUUACCUCUCCAGCGCCGUCAGCAUGGACCAGCUGUUUGAACCCAACGACACUUGUUUGCCAGCGGAUGUGAACGACUGGAUCAGUGUGGGGUCCUUUUUAUAAGAGGCCAUUCAUGACUCAGAGGACCGCACCAAGCCCACAUAAACGUUACCUGUUAGCAGGAUGCUCGCCCAUGCUGCUGGAGCUCAGAAGGGACMAGAUUUUCUAGCAACAGAGACAAAUGCAGUGACUCUUAUUGGCUUCAUAGCAAGAAUAUUCAUGAAAACAUCGAGGGGAAGAAAAAAUAGUGUCGCAGGAAUCACUUGGUACAUCUUUGAAGGACACCUUGGAAGUCUCUGGUUAUUGAGUUUCCUCAAAAGAAGAUMCAUAACAGUACUUUUUUUUAAAACUUGUUUUAAAGAAUUAUCACUUCUGUUUUCGUGGAAAUGGACAAGGCACAAGUUCCUUUUGGGUUAAAAGUGAGCACCUGCAAAACCAGAUCCAAGAAAUGAGAUUCCUGGUGACUUAGGACUCUGUAGACUAUGUGCAAUUUCCUCAAGAUUUCCUCAAGCCUUCUCUCUAUUUGUUUCUCUCUCUUUCUCUUCCUCUCUUC